ACACACACUGGACAAACGCACGCACACACACACACACAGUAACACACACACAUCUGCUAGGAAAUCAUCUUCAGCUAGGAAAUCAUCUUCAGCAAAAACAGCAAACAAAACACACAUGCAGCUAGCAAAAUAGGAGCCGAGCCGUCUGUACCGAAAACGACGCGUUAGGUGAGUGUCCGGGAGAGAAAGCGUGAGGUGCGUGAUUGCGGUUUGCAAAGCGGUUUGUUGAGGGAGUAAUCGCGUGCAGACAUGACGUAGAUGACGCCCACUGCUUAUCGCCAUAUAUGUACACAGAGCGGCUUGUAGAGGGCUUGUACUUCGCCAUGUACAUUUAAUUAGAUUUCCAUACUCUUGUCAAUAUUUGACAUGACACGUAGUUGCGACAACCGACUAAUAGGCUAUAGCGCACGUUCGCGGGGAGAAAAAACUCCUUUCAGUUUUUCUCUGCGAGCGCGCAGGACGUUGCAUUUUCGUCGGUGCUGUGAGGCGAGAUGAGUCUUGGCUUCCAGUCGCAAGAUUCGACGUCUGGUGGGUUGCACCGUCAGAGUACAUUGUGCAGACCGCUGCCUCACCGGCCGCCGUGUACGUUCACGCCCAACGCUCUACAUCAUUCGCCAUUUCGGUUGGAAGUUCCAGGAGCUGGUAUCGGUCCCUACCUUUCUAUUGAUCAGACUCGCAACCACUUGCAGUCGGAUUUUCAUCUCCGUCUGGCUAACAGUAUGAUCUACAGCCCGCUGCUCGCCAAUGGCAUACUGCAGAGCAACUGUGAGCAGGUUGCUGGACACAUGCAUCCAAUGAGGAUUGCUGACCUACCAGGCCACUUCAAUAUGCAGGACUGUUUGGGCCGUGCAAGGUUUGGUGUACUUCCCAACACUGAAAAGCAGUCUCUCAAGAGGGCGAGAGAGUGCACACAGCCACUUCGAGAGUGGCUCUGUGGCCAUAAGGACAAUCCCUACCCAAGCAAGCAGGAAAAGAUGUGGAUGGCCUGUAUGACUGGACUGUCUCUCACACAAGUCUCGAUGUGGUUCGCCAAUGCAAGACGACGUAUCAAGAAGCUAGGCAUGAAGGCCUGGUCCAAGGGCACGUGUGAAGAUGAAGACAUCAGUCUAACCACAAACCCAAGUAAUUCAGAUUCACCAAAUCAGGUUGUUGGCCAAGAAGCACUGGAUGAGAGAGAGGAAGGUGAGCCCCAAUCUGAUGACACGAGGAGCAACAUUUCUGAAGUACCUGAGCAACAGUCAGGUCAAGGUGAAUGGACAAACGGGCAACAGAAUGGAGAACAAAAGGACAAUGAGGUGAACCAGAAAAUUGUUAAUGCUGACAAACAACGGAUAUGCCCGUCCAAACCAGCACCUGAGCACCACAUAGCUUCAUCGAAGGCUAAAAGGAGAAGACACAGUACCCCAACAGUGACAUGUAAAGACACUGGCUGUAGCACGACCAACCGAGUCUCCACUAGUUGGACACAUCUGCAACAAUCCGUGGCAUUGGCAGCAGCUGGCCGAGAGCUUUUGGACAGACCAUUGCCUGCAGGGACGUCGUCGCUGUGGAAGGGAGGCAGACCUGAUUCGGAUUUCGAUGCUCAUACCACCCAGAGAUACACUCUCCCAAACAUAGCCACCUUCACAUACAAUGCUCAGAGACAUGAGUUUCCUCCUACACACUCACUUCUAAACCUACAACCAUCGGGACCAUCAUCGCUCAAGCAACCGAAACAGGCAGUAAUCAAGAAAGAAGAAAACGAGCCUGAAUUGGACGGUCGGUCAGAGGAAGAGCAAGUGCUUGACGACCAGCGGGUUUACGAUGCGGCUCUAGUUCUCACCAACAUGAGCAAGGGCCAACAAAACAAAUGACCCUCGAGUAUCACCUACAUAUUAAUUCUGCAUCUAUGGAACAUGACAUUUUCAACAUAUGUAUUGCGACUCGUGCCCUCACUCCUCAAUUCAAGUCACUGCCUAAUAGACAAUUGCCUUCUUAUUUAUGUACAAAUCUACUUGUGCUUGUCAUCCCAGUAGUUACACAAUAACAGUACUACUACGUUGGUGUAUUUUAAAUUAUGUGACCUAGUUACCUCCUAUGAUAUCUUGCAAAGCAGCAAAUGCCUCCACAGUGACAGUCAAUCUGCCAAUUACUAGUUCUUGGUUUUUAAUGUCGUACACUGGAAUGACAAAAGCAAGAUUCAAUUA